AACCUUGCCAGUGAAGUCGACUUUGAUAAGUCUUGGGCUGUCCUUGCAGAUGCUAUAAGAGAGAUUGAAAAUAAAAAUGCUUACGAACUCUCAUUCGAAGAACUCUACAGAAAGUCGUAUAAUUUGGUAUUAAGAAAGUAUGGGAAACAGCUUUAUGAGUCAGUCAAAAACCUAGUGGGCGAUUAUUUAUUUGGGAUCAAGGACUCUUUGAAUAUUAAAUAUGAAUCCAAUGACGAUAAGGUUGAGUUUUUGAAAGUUAUAAGCUCGCGUUGGGAAGACCAUAUGCUAUCCAUGAGAAUGAUCAGUGAUGUCUUGAUGUAUCUGGAUAGGGUUUAUGCAAAAGAAAAUCAUUUACCUUUAAUCUAUGAUGUCGGUAUUAAUUUAUUCCGUGAUAACGUUGUGAAAUAUGAUAACAAUAAAACUGGGAAUAGGUUGAAUUUGUUGGUCAUGGAGGAGAUAACAGCCAAUCGAAAUGGAUUGAUCAUUGAUAUAUUUUUGGUGAAAUCGAUUAUUGGUAUGUUUGAAUCAUUGAUUGAGGAUGAGAAAAAUAUAGAGAUGGGAGAAAAUUACUAUCUAAAGUAUUUUGAGCCUUUCUAUCUAGAAAAAACACAUGAAUAUUACGAAAGAAAAAGUUCCGAAAUAUUUGAAGGUAACAAUGGUACAAUGUAUCUAAAGAAAAUUGAUGAGCUUAUCACCAAUGAACAGAAUAAAUCAGCCUUGUACCUACCCACAGUCACAUAUCCAAAACUAAUGUCAUUGGUUGACAAGAUUUUAAUAUCGUCCAAGAUUGAUAAAGUUAUGAAAUUUCAAAAUGAAGGUUUAAAACAUUGGAUUAUGAAUGGAAAGUUUGCAGAUCUGAAUCUUUUAUACAGGCUUUUAUCAAGGGUUGACUAUUUUGACGGAUUUAAAAUUCAAUUGAAUGAAAUAAUUCUAGAAGAAGGAUUAGCUUUGGAGCAAAAUGAACUCGAGACUAUUCCUCAAGAAGGAAACGUUAAGGCUAAAAACCCUGGUUAUUCGAAAAAGGCAACCAGUCAAGCAAUCACAUGGAUUCAAAAAGUCAUAUCCUUGAAGGAUAAAUAUGAUUUGGUUUUAAAAAACUUGAAUAAUGAUGCGAGCUUACAAAAGACCAUUGAAAAUUCAUUUGUCGAAUUUUUGAAUAAAAAUGUUAAACUUGCUGAAUAUCUUUCACUUUUCAUUGAUGAUAUUAUUAAAAAGACUGGGAACAAAUCAGAGGAAGAAGUGGAGGAAAUCUUAA